CAUGGUUAGAUGUUGUCUGAACGCAUUGCUUCAAAGGACACUACGAGUAGCACAGUGAACAUCAUUACAACAGUGGGAUGAGAAUUCACGCUGUGAUCAGUUGUUUGUGUUUAUAACUACCUGUUGGGGGUUAUCGUGAGGUCAGCUGGGGAGGAGUCCGCUAUUUGAGAUCAAGAUGAGGAUGACAGAUGUGUUACUGGAGAGCAGAAGAACACUUGGCUCUGAGUGGGAUACAGAGAGGUGGAGAUGAAGAGGUUGCACUCUGCGGCUAGCCUGACGGAGUACGACACAAGUGAGAGGGAUGACUCCCCAUCCCUCAGGUCCUCCUGGUCCUUGGCGGACACCAUGAACUAUGUGGGUCAGCUGGCAGGCCAGGUGCUGGUGACGGUGAAGGAGCUGUACAAGGGCAUCAACCAGGCCACGCUCUCCGGCUGCAUCGACGUGGUGGUGGUGCGCCAGAGGGAUGGCACCUACCAGUGUUCGCCGUUCCACGUGCGCUUCGGGAAGCUCGGGGUGCUGCGCUCCAAGGAGAAAGUGAUCGACAUCGAGAUCAAUGGGGAGCCGGUGGAUUUGCACAUGAAGCUGGGAGACAACGGGGAGGCCUUCUUCGUGCAGGAAACGGAGGAGCAGAAUGAAAUCGUCCCAGCUCACCUGGCCACCUCGCCCAUCCCCACCGAGAGCCACAUGUUUUGGAUCGGCGGGCAGGCCGCUGGAGCCGAGGACGAGCCCCCGGAGGCCGACGACCCCCCCGAGGCACCAGUCAGCAGCACCAGCUCUGUGAAGAAGAAGAGGAAGAGGAGGAAGAAGCACAAGGGUGACCCUCGACGCGAGGAGCUGACCCCGCCGGCCACCGUCGCCACCCCCCCCCAGCCCAGCGAGGAGAUCUUUGAGAUGGACCUGAGCUCUGACGAGGAGACGGCAGCGCACAGCCCCAGAUCUCCUUCCAUUAGCACUGCACGGGAGGUGGAACAGAAAUACCCUGCACACCAUUCCUUAGACAACUACCCCUUUUCUGAUGGAGAUUGGUCUACCUCAGACAGUCAUGGCCUAUCCCAGGCCUUCUCCCCAAAGAGUGACUCUGAGUUGAUGGUGCGGCCCUCAGAGAGCAUGCUCAGAGCGGAGUCGCACAUGCAGUGGACCUGGGGGGAGUUCCCUGAGCCAACGCGGGCUCCCAAAAAGGAGAGACCCGAGCUGCCCAAGACGGUCACCAUCACGCCCUCGGAGAACACGCACUUCCGGGUCAUCCUGAGCUCCGAGGCCAUGGGCACUGAGACCGACGGGCAGGGUGGCAGCGGCCGGGUCGGUCAUCAGGAAGACCCAACCCCGGUGUGCGCCAUCGUCAAGCCCAAGCCCCGCUCGCCCGUGACCACACCUGUGACCACGGUGGCCCCCGUCAGCACCUUGACCCCCUCGGAGGAGCCCGAGGAGGUGUCCGAGCCUGGCGUGAGCACGUCCACACCCGCCAACACCCAAGCUGCUGCCGCCGCCGCCGCACAGAUGGCCGGGGACAUGGCCGAUACCUCCAAGUCUGACUCCCCUUCCAAGAAGAAAGGAGUCCCAAAGAGGAGUCAGCACCAGGGGCCUGAAGAUAUCUACCUGGACGACUUGAAUGUACUUGAUGCAGAUGCUGUUGCUCGCUAUCUUCCCAAAAGUGACUCAGACCCAGGUUCUAAGCACUGGAUUGAGUCAGGGAUGCACUCCGGGUCCCAGUCGCCCCAGUCGGUGGGCAGUGCGGCAGCUGACAGUGGCACCGAGUGCCUGUCCGACUCAGCUGGCGACCUGCCCGACGUCACCCUGUCCCUGUGCGGGGGGCUCAGCGAGAACGCAGAGAUAUCCAAAGAAAGGUUCAUGGAACAUAUCAUCACCUACCAGGAAUUUGCAGAAAACCCUGCCAUAAUAGACAAUCAAAACCUGGUUGUAAAAAUUGCUAACAGAUACUACAACUGGACAUUAGCUGCUCCCUUGAUUCUGAGUUUGCAGGCGUUUCAGAAAACCUUGCCUAAGGCUACAGAAGAGGCUUGGGUGAAGGAGAGGAUGCCAAAGAAGUCUGGCCGCUGGUGGUUCUGGCGCAAGAGAGCCGACAGCACCAUCAAACCGUCGGAGAGUGCAGGCAAGCUGGAGAUGAAGGACUCUCAGCUUGAGGAUGUGGGACCUUCCCAGGAUAGCCGAGCCCUACAGUCGCUGGAGCGGGACUCGUCGAGUGACGAGGAUGCCAAGGAGCUGAGUGCCACCGCGGCCGCCUCGCUGGAGCGCAGCGCCCAGGCCGACUCUUCAGCGCACCUCCCCACACACUCCUACAAGAAGUCCCUCCGCCUCUCCUCCCAGCAGAUCGCCAGUCUGAAGUUGAAAGAGGGUCCUAAUGACAUGACCUUCAGCAUCACCACACAGUACCAGGGCACAUGCCGCUGUGAGGGCACCAUCUACCUGUGGAACUGGGAUGACAAGGUCAUCAUCUCUGACAUCGAUGGCACCAUCACCAAGUCGGACGUCUUUGGACAGAUCUUGCCGCAGCUGGGUAAAGACUGGACUCACCAGGGCAUUGCCAAGCUGUACCAUUCUGUGGCAGAGAACGGAUACAAGUUCCUGUACUGCUCGGCGCGGGCCAUCGGCAUGGCGGACAUGACGCGGGGCUACCUGCAGUGGGUCAACGACGGGGGCACCAUCCUGCCCCGAGGGCCUCUCAUGCUCUCCCCCAGUAGCCUGUUCUCAGCAUUCCACAGGGAGGUCAUUGAGAAAAAGCCUGAGAUUUUUAAGAUCGAAUGUCUGACGGACAUCAAGAACCUGUUCCUGCACAACAGGCUUCCCUUCUACGCCGCCUUCGGAAACCGGACCAACGAUGUUUUUGCCUACAAGGAGGUGGGAGUGCCGGUGUGCAGGAUCUUUACAGUCAAUCCCAAGGGCGAACUGAUCCAGGAGCAGACCAAAGGCAACAAGACCUCGUACAGCAGGCUGAGUGAACUGGUGGAGCACGUUUUCCCCCUGCUGAGCAAAGAACAGAGCUCGGCCUUCGACUGCCCAGAGUUCAGCUCCUUCUGUUUCUGGAGACAGCCGCUCCCUGAGAUCGACCCCGACGAACUGCUCUCGUAGAGUCCGCGACGUUGUCACGACCACACCCAAUCUCUGCUGUUCGUCAGCCUCAUCCAUUCCAUAACCAAAGCCCAGAGGAGGUGCCUGCAGAGGGGGGGAGGCACACAAAGUCACUCAUCUGACAUCACAUUUUAAGUGAACCGUUGAGACAUGUGGUCUAGACUCGAAACCAGCGUGCAUUCACUCACUCACUCGUUCCCCUACCCCAGAAGCUAUAAGACACAGAGCUCUUCAUGUGCCCUCGUGUGAACGACGAGUCCCCCACCCCACAGUAGCUGCGUGCCCUGGCUCCAUGCAUGUGCAGGUGUCGGGCCAGGCCUUGGAUACGCUGGCAUCUGACUGGUGCCACCUCUGGCUCAUCGCUCUUUAACUGAAGCUUAACUCACCUUUGACAUGUGUGGUGUGACUCAGUGUCAGCUGCUAAAAACCCCAGGCUGCUACAGGCCUCUCAGGCGCUGUUCGCCAGGCCUUGUGGCAGAGCUAGCUAGUAUUUUGAGAGGUGGUUUGUGUGGCUACUGGUUAUUGUAGAAUAAUAGUGACUCUUUUUGACAGUAAUGACUUCUAUCUUUGUUUUUUUCCAUUUCAUUGUGUGAUUUUGUUCUCACCUGUGUACAGUGCAGCUGAAUAGCAAGUGAAAAUUAACAUAAUUGUGGUUUCUGAGGAGCAUCAAUAAGUUCUGAAAACAUAUUUUUGAAGGUAAAAAAAAGUCAAUAUCUUAAUUAUUGUUUAUGUUUAAUUUAUUUGUUUGAUAAACAGUACCCACUGCCUUCGUGUAGUUGUGUGGAAGGUGAUGCCGAUCUAAUGCAGUGUGCAGUGUGUCCACUAGAAGUAUAAAGAUCCCAGGUUAGUGUGCUGUGGUGUUGGUUGGGUGUGGGACGCACUGGUCAGUUGCGUAAUCACUCAGCCCCUUUGUGUCUGCGUAGCCUCUCGCUGAACAGCGAGUGACUCCACGUCCAACAGGAUCUGACCCCUCAGAGAAAGACUCUGAAGCAGGCGCAGCACUUCCUGUGGCCUUCAUUCCAGAGCCUGGCUGCUUCAUAAUGCCUUACUGAACGCACUUUGAGCAAAGGGCACAGGGAGAGAAAUACAGAUAUUUGAUUUGCACUUAGAACAUUAUGAAGAAGCAUGUUGUGCAGAGUGACUAAGCAAGAAGAAAACUGUGCAGUAUGGGCCAUGGCGCUGGAGUCUGGAACACUCCGCUGCCACCUCCUCUGUCUGCCGGUCUAUAAUCCCUUAGCUUAGUGUUACUUCCACAGACUGGACCCUUCCGACCCCAUUUAGCUCAUCAACUUAGUAGCCAGAACAACAUAUCUGCUUGUAUACUAAUUAAGAUGUUAUGUUGGGAGUUGAAACAUAUGGCCAUGUUCACUGCUGGUUCAGGUGUGAAGACUACCAUUACAAGCAAGACACUCUAGAGAAACAAAACUCAUGUUCUGGGUGUGUAGGUGUGUAUCUCUGAGUGACACCACUGUUGUCACAGCGGUCCUCCGUGCCCCAGGUGUGUGUGUGUGUGUGUUCAGGGCAACAGGAGGAGGCUGCAGACGCGGCAUGAAAGCAAAGGACUGUGUGCUCAGUGAGAUCAGGAGAUGGAACUUCACAGAGUACUCCGGUGUUCCACCAGGGGGAUGUUUGGGCACUUGUGUGAGUGUGUGUGUUUCAAGUGUGACUGUAGCACAAGUACUUGAGAAUAUGAAGGACGUCAUUUUGUAAGCUCUCGUCUGAUGACUCUUUAUUGGCUUGCUUGCUUUUUGUAGGAAUAUGUGCUCCACAUAACUUAUUUCUUAAAACAUCACAAAAAUAUAUAUUCUGAAAGCACAAAAUAGUUGAAAUAUAUUUAUUGUUCGAGUGUGAAAUCGCUUUCCUUGUUUUAUGGUUAAUGUAGGCACUUAUGGUUUGCUUGAUUUAUGCGUGUGUGCUUUCUAUCAUUGCUGUAUGAUACGAGUCCUCUUUUCUGUGUUUGCUGUGUAUCAACAAAAACGAUUCCAUUCUUUCUAUGAAAGUAAUACCUCUAUGUGUGAGACGAUCACACUCAAAUGGUAUGAAUCCGUGACGUUCUUUUCAGUCUGUAUUAAAUGCUGAACUCAAAUUGGUGGUUUCCCCCUCCCAUAGUUUUAUCUUGAUGCCUUUUGUGUAUAUUUCUUUACAUUUUGUUUUAUGUUUGGAGGGUGUAUGUCUUUCUGUUUUAAUGUAAAAGUUUGCAAGUGACCAGUUUGAAGACCUUUAAAUGUAGGCUUUAUUUGAUGGAUAGAGUAUAUUGACCAAUAUUGAGUUGAAAUUUACAGAACAACAUCUAUUAAAAAAUAUAUUCCACCAAAAUA